GCGGCGGACAGCUUUCCCCAGCUAUAUAGCGCUAAGAGCUUUGCUUUGUGCAUCAAAUACUAGCAAAACCCGACCCCGUGUUAUUGUACGCGGGUAUCGUAGAAACAAUGUCGAUGCCAGGGCUUAAACCCAUUAUCUUCUAUGACAUCCCCAACGUCGUGCAGAAUGAACCUUGGUCUCCAAAUACGAUGAACACAAGAUAUUGUCUCACCUUCAAGGGUCUGCCCUUCCAGACCGUCUGGCUCGAGUUCCCAGAGAUCAGGCCAUUCUACGAGCAGCAUUCUCUUGUACCCACCACCUCGUUGAUUAAAGACUCCUUUGCGAUUGCACAGUACCUUGAUGAGCAAUACCCCGACACACCGAAAGUACUGCCAAAUGGCACAGCCGCUCUGGUGCACGUCUUUCAAACCGCGUUCUAUAACGCAGUAAAGGGCACCUCUUUACUGGCCGGCUUUAGAGGUGCUCAGAAGCUCAAUCCCGAGAGCAAGGAGUAUUACAUUCGCACUUGCGAGGAGCGAUUCGGGAUUCCAUGGGAGCAGUUUGCAAUGCACGAGAAGAGAGAGGAGCAGUGGGAUGCACUACGUGUUGCAUACAAUACUAUGGACGGGUGGUAUGCAACGAGCAGCGGUCAAUUCAUAUUGGGAGAUACUCCGUGUUUUGCUGACUUCAUGGUUGCGGGACUAUGCAAUUACAUACGGUAUUGCUUUGAGAAUGAGGAGUGGGAAGAAGACGAUGGAGGGAGACUGGUGGAGGCAACUGACAAGUAUCUUGAUUGUUCGAAGUAGUUCCGUUGAGCGUGAUGCGCUCGGCUUACCUACAU